AUGGCGUCGGAUAACCUAAUAUUUGUGCCUUCAAAAACAACAUUACCGGUGGAUUUGGAGUCUUCACUUACCAAGAUCAUUACUGAGGAAUUCUAUCAACCACCGUCAUCGUACAUCUCUCAGUUGAAAGAGAUUAAUGAUUUACGGAGUUUUCUCGUGACUCCGAAGGCCACUAUAGAAUGUAUCACAGCUAUAAAGCGGUACUAUGUUCAAUUCAGUGCUCUCAAGUUGAAAUUGCCUGCUGAUUGUAUCGAGUUUUCCUGGUUUCCUCUUUUCCAGAGGGCUACUGACGGUGUUGAUUCUUCUAAAAAUGAGAAACUGAACCGACAACAUCCGUACACCACAAAAUCUUUGGUCUUGGAACAGUGUUACGUCCUGUAUGUCAUAGGAAGUCUUUACUCAUCAUUGGCACGAGAGCAGAACAGAUACUCUUCAGAGGGCCUUAAGAAGGCUGGCGUCUAUUAUCAAUAUGCUGCUGGUUGCUUUCAGAUCUUGGACGAGGACAAUCUUGCACAUUCGCUAGACGAAGUACCUAUGGAUUUGACCUCUUACACACUCUCUGCGCUGACUUAUUUGAUGCUCGCAAGUGCCCAGGAGAUAUACUGGUUGAAGGCAGUGACGGAUAAUUUGAAAGACACGGUUGUAUCGAAGUUGUCGAUGCAGACCUCCGAAUUUUACGCAAAUAGUGUGACGUUUAUGCAAAGAUCUCGGAUAUUUGAAGACGAAUGGAUCAAUUUCUGCCGUGUUAAAUCGAUUCACUUCAAAGCUGCUGCAUUGUAUCGACUGGCCGUUUAUGCAGGACUACAUGAGAAAUAUGGAGAACAGAUUUCGAGACUUAGAAGUUGUUCUAAAAUUGUACAAGAAGGCCUCAUAAUACCAUUGGACAACGAAAAAGUGAAGCAGGACCUUACUACGUUGAGUAAAGUUGUCAGUGAGGAUCUCAAAAAUGCCGAGAGAGAGAACGAUCUUAUUUAUCUUGCCAUUGUCCCACCGGAGGACUCGCUUCCUGCCCCUGCGAAGGCAGUCCUUGUGAAGCCUUUGAUUCUUAGCGAACUUUUGGAUCCCGUGAAGGCGCUAACAGAGAUGCCUGAUUAUGGUGAAGCAUUAUUCGACAAGCUAAUACCUUAUACGGUAAUACAGCUUGCUGCAUCGUUCAAGGAGCGGUGCUUGGGCUACGUGGAAUCGAAUAUUAAGCGUCCGAUUGAUGUAUUAAACAAGGAUCUGGAGACGUUUCUCAAAGAUCUCAAUUUAGAUUACGAACUGGAUUCAUUGCUGAGGCCUCAGUCCAUUCCAGUGUCGGUACAUCAAUAUGCAAGCAAUCUCAAGGAUAUGGGAGGUAUUGUUAAAUUGGAUAGCAUGCUUGGUGAUUUGAGUUCCUUGAAGUUGGAAGCCCGCGAGACUCUUGAUUCGAAUUGGGCUCUAUUUAAUAGAGCUGAGGAGGAUGAUACCAGCUUAAGAGCGCUGUAUGGUGCAAAAAGAUGGACUUUAAGGCCUAUGAAGGAGGAGGCCACGGACAUAAUUAGGAAUCUCGAGCAGUUUGAACAGUAUCUCGAGGACUCAAAGCAGGGCGAUGAGACUAUAUAUGAUCAAGUCGAUGAAUUGAGACCAUUCAUUGAAGUAUUUGAAUCACUAGAUGGUCUUGACGCGUUUAUUCCCAAGGCCAAAGUACUGGAACUUAACCCAGAUCUACGUCGGCUGAUUAUCAAGGUGAGAGAAUUGCUAAGGAAAGCAGACCAGAUAAAGGAAAAACGAGGCAAGUUUUUGCUGGACGUACAGAAGAAGGUGGAUAGCAUAGACAUACUUAGCAAUGUGAUCACGAGGUACAGACAGCUGUCGAAGACCAGUGACAAACCUUACGAAGAGUCUGAGUAUGAGUCUGUGGUUGAUAAGGAGCUUUCGAAAUUUGCCGAGGAUGUCAUAUUUAUAUCGAAGACUUCUAAGGAGCAAAACCAGCUUGUUUCGACCUUGGGAAAGAGCAAAGUUGAUUAUUUGAAUAGAAGAAGAGGCCUAAAGGUUUCUUUAGAAAGAGAACGAGCAUUGGACGUGCUAAGUAAGACGUAUCAUGGAUACUGCGAAGUCAUAGGAAAUAUCAAGCAGGGCCUGGGAUUUUAUAAUGACUUCUUCACCAAUUUGGACCAAACACACAACGAGUUGGCCAACUAUUUAGAAGAAAGACGACACGCAUCAGUCAACAUACAAAAUACAUUGGACAAGAUGGAUGAUGAAAGCCUGAGAAAGUAA